AUGGCUUACACUGCUCAAAGGCGUGUCUACGCCGCUGGGUCUGACAGCUCUUUGGAUAAUCUGCUACGUUCAUCGCCCAAAAGAGUUCCUUCGCCCGCAGCAAGAGAUCCGCAGCCUGCGUACUUCACUGGAAGCGCCUCCCUACAAUCACAGAAGAGCAAUACGUCCUUAAGUGACUCGCCCUAUAGUGCUCUCCAGGCAACAAACGGGCAUGUCGCUGGGAGAGGCAGCACAUCGGAGAAGUUCUCCUUAGCUCCUGACCCCAGGAUGUGGGGAUCCAGCCUAUUCGCUAACCAGCCUGAGGACGAUGACUGCUUGCAUAACCCCGAUCCCCGGCGAGAUCGAAUCGUGGAUCAUGGAGGCAGUAUCUUCUCCGCCAGAGGCAUCGCAAACCUGGGGUGUAUAGUCAUCUUGGCACUUGCGAUCCUCGGCCUCUUCGCUGGAUAUCCCCUAGCUUCAUAUUUCACGAAGCACGGCUUGAGCAAUCUCGGAGGAUUCAAUCUGGGCGGCAUAAAUGCCAGCGGACAGGUCCCCAGCAUGAACGGCAACUGGGGCUUGAUUGAUCUGGACACGCCGCAGGAGGCACUUACCCACACAUCGUACAAAGACGGGACCGAAUGGCAGCUUGUAUUUAGCGACGAAUUCAAUGUAGAAGGCCGGUCCUUCUACCCUGGGGACGAUCCGUAUUGGGAAGCAGUCAACCUGAACUACUGGCAGACCGCCGAUAUGGAGUGGUACGACCCGGAUGCGAUCACCACUAGCAAUGGCUCCUUGGUCAUCACGCUCUCCGAGAAAGAAAUUCAUGACCUGAAUUAUCAGAGCGGCAUGAUGUCCACUUGGAAUAAGUUCUGUUUCACCGGCGGGAUGUACUUAGCCAGUGUCACGUUACCCGGACUCAAUAAUGUGGUUGGUUUAUGGCCUGCUGUCUGGGCUAUGGGAAAUCUGGGGCGAGCCGGAUAUGGAGCCAGUCUCGACGGCAUGUGGCCGUAUACAUACGACGCUUGUGAUGUCGGGACCGUCGCGAACCAGUCAAUAAAUGGCGUGCCUGACGCUACGAAUACAUUGGAUCCAGACAACCCCAAGCCUCUGUCGUUCCUUCCAGGCCAGAGGUUGUCAAGAUGUACUUGCAAGGGCGAGAGUCACCCCGGUCCCGUGCAUGAAGAUGGGACGUACGUCGGGCGAUCAGCGCCGGAGAUUGACAUGUUCGAAGCUCAAAUCUCCUCAUUGACGCCUGGCGGACCCGUGUCCGGACAGGUCUCCCAAUCAGCCCAGUGGGCACCCUUUAAUUAUAAUUAUGAGUUCUUCAAUACGUCGGACCUUUAUCAAAUUCAGGACCCCACCAUCUCCGCCAUGAACACUUACACUGGUGGUGAAUUGCAACAGGCAUCGUCAACCGUUACCAUCACCAACCAGGCAUGUUAUGAGGGUAACGGUGGCUGUUUCUCUACAUACGGGUUUGAAUACAAGCCUGGAUUCGAUGACGCGUAUAUCAGCUGGAUAACGGAUGAUAAACUGGCUGUCACUCUGGAAGUUGCAGCCAUGGCCGCCGACAGUCGUGUGAAUAUAUCCGCAAGGCCUGUGCCGCAGGAACCGAUGUAUCUCAUCGUAAAUUUAGGGAUGUCAACUGAUUUCACUCCAGUCGUCGAUGUAGACCACAUACCAUUCCCUGUGCAUAUGACCAUAGACUGGAUACGCGUUUACCAGCCCAAGGACAGUAUCAAUAUCGGGUGCGAUCCCCAGGACUUCCCUACUCAAGCUUACAUUAACCAGUACAUGGAAGCGUAUACUAAUCCCAAUCUGACGACAUGGACUGGUGACUUCGGGCAGCCCAAUCCGAAGAAUAGCCUCAUCGACCAAUGCUAA